AUGCCUUUUUUCGAAUUUAUAAUAAAUGAUUCUAAGAACAAUGAAAAUCAANUGAGCAUGACCAAGAAGAAAAUAUAAUCACUUUUAUAAGAGGAAGAAAAAUAAAAUGAAAAUCUUAAAGAUUAUAAUGAAUAAAAAAAAUAAUUAGAAGAGCAAAAUUUAUAACUCAAAACUGCUAUUGAAGAAUAAUUAAAAUAAAUUUAAGAUAAGGAUAAAACUAUAGGAGAAAAGGAGAGAAAAAUAUAUGAAUUAAAAAAGAGAUCUCAAGAAUUAGAAAAAUUUAAGUUUGUUUUAGAUCAUAAAAUUAAAGAACUUAAAAGAGAUACAGGACCGAGAGAUGAAGAAAUUAAUAGGAUGAAAGAAAAAACUAAUAUGAUGGAUUAAAAAUUAAAAAACUUUGCUUAUUUAAAUAAUAAUUUAGGUAAUGUAGUUGAUGCUCUUGAUUAAGAAUUAAAAAUUAUGAAAACCAAUAUUAAAAAAUAAAGAUAAUUAAUUUCGUUCUAAAAUGUAAGAAUUAAAAAAUUUAAAGACUCUGUCUAUUAAGCUGUUUAAUUCAUUUAAAAUUAAGAAGAAUUAACAAAAAAAGCUCAAGAAAUUUUUAAAGAAUUCCAUAAAGAUGAUGUCAAACCAUAAUAAGUUAAUGCUGAUAUUUUAGCAGAAUAUAAAAGUCAGAAACAAUACUUAGAAAAAUCUGUUGAAGGAUUGAAAGCAAAUCUUCAAGCAGAUGAAGAAAUACAUAAAGCUGAAAACAUUAGAAUAAUGAGAGGAAAUGUUAAAUUAAUUAUCGAAAUCAAUAAUUUGAGAAAAAAAAUGAAGUAAAUUAAAUCAACUCAUAAUAAUUAAGAAUAAAAAGGAGAUAAAAAAAUGUCUCAAACAGGUAUUUUAUUAUUUAAAAAAAAUAGCCAACUCUGAUAUUUAAAAGGCAAAAUAAAGAGUUAUUUAAGAAAAAUAACUUAUAAUCGAACAACAACAAUUGGCUAAAGAUGCUUUGUUAAAUUAAAUUUAAGAAUUGGAAGCAGAACUUUCAGUAAUUGGGGAAUGAAG